UAAAAGAAUUUAUUUUUAUUCAUAUCUUUAUAUGCAGAUUUAUAGUUUUCCACAACAGAGGUCUCCGUUGUUCUUCGAUUUUAUUUCUUCUUGGUUGUUUGCUGAUCCUUAGAGAUGGACGACUUUAUUGAACUGAGCUAUAAAGGACCAGCAGGUGGACUUCAUCGCGCGAUCCUUGGAGAUGGUGAUGGUCGACGUGGAUCAUUUAGAGGUGUUGACCGUGGCCGAGGUCGUGGAUUUGGUGGAGAUAGAGGUCGUGGUGGAUUCAGAGGACGUGGAGGAUUCGGUGAACGUGGAGGAUUCGGUGGAAGAGGACGUGGAGAUCGGGGUCGUGGCGGUAGCGUCACCAAGAACGAUAAGCGAAAAUGCGCCCUUUGCAAAGAGCGAGGUCAUCUUGCAAAUAAAUGUCCGUAUCCUGAAGACGAAGCCAAUAAGAAAAAAGUCGCUGCUCUUGAAAAGCACGCCGAAGCAGCUGUCGCCGCUGCUGCCAAAGCUUCUGCUGCCACUUCUUCUACCGGUGCUACUACUGGUUCUUCUUAUUCUGUCUUCAAGCCGCCCUUUGCCACGUGGAAACCAGGCUUCAUUAUGCCUCCUCUACCUGCUCAUAAUAAUGAUGUUAAUAUGGCCUAAUUUUGUUUUUACUUACCUUCAUGUUAUAACCAAAAUGUUGUACUUCAAUUUUGCUUCUUUACUUACAAGAAUAAAUUAAUUUCAUCAAAA